CUGGAACGGCCCCGAAGGAAAUGGACAGCGGCGACAAGCCGUUGACCUUGUUCCAGGCACAGGAACUCAGGGAAGCUUCAGAAAUCGAACGUGACGAAAUGGUGUGCUGGUCAGGGAUACAGGUCAAACGGGCACAGCAGUCGGUCGAUCUGUUCAGCCACCCCCGCCAACGCGGCUAAUGAAGGCCAGACUUUUCCACAGUACUGCAUAUUCCGACCUCACGAUCUCCUGUCGCGGCCACGAGUGGAAGGUGCACAAAUUCCAGCUCUGCGCGCAGUCCGAGUACUUCAGCACCCUUUUCGCUUCAGGGUUCAAGGAGGCGCAAGAGAAUCGCAUUUCUCUUGACGACGACAGUCCAGGUGCUAUCGCCGCGCUUCUUUGGUACUGCUACACCGCCAAGUACAUCAGUCAAAAUAUCGAACGGGAUGGUCCCUCACCCCUGCUAUUCGACACUCGCAACUACCUGACGGGCGACAAAUUCCUCGUUAGCGGCCUCAGUGAGCUGUCGUACCAGAGCUUCACCAAGCAGUGCAGGCUCGAAUGGAUGUCACCUGCUUUCUCCGAGGCCGUUGCGCUAAUCUAUGAUCACGGCCCAGAACGGAGCCACCUCAAGACCACGGUUGUGGAGACGGCGAGGUCACACUUGACGGAACUGUAUGCCGACCGCUCAAAGUACAAAGAAUUCCACGAGUUGCUGCUUGCCACCCCUAGCUUCGCGCUCGAUCUCCUGGCAGUGAUGAGCAAACAGCCUUUGGACUACGAUGUCACGCUCAGCGGAAUAUGCGCAGUCCACGUGCAGCUGAAGUGCCCUUACGACGGAUCGAUUUUCAAAACGCACUGUUGUAUCGGGCAGAACUCAUCGAUCAAGUGUCCAGAUGGGCAUGAAGGAUCUUUUCUGUGGUGGAAACCUCACCAAGUACAUUCACCAGUGCCGGACAAGUACGAAGUCCACCUGAAGUGCCCCGGCGAGUCUUGUGGGAAAUUCAUCAAAACCCAGGCCUACCUCGGAAGAGCGACGAGUGUUGUGUGUGGUGCUUGUGGAAAGACCGCCCUCAGCCGAAAGCAUAUGGUCAUCACCCAGUGAAGUAGGGAUCUCCUCACUUUGCUUUUGUGAGGUGAUGCGGAUGAGUUCGAUGCGGGAGAAAGCAAGUGCACGUGAUCUGAGCGCGUGGGCUUCUCCAUGCGAUUGGCCUUCAAGAACGAGCAACGUCGCACAACGAUGUCAAUGUCAU